AUGGUUAGACAGCUUAAGCACCAUGAGCAGAAACUGCUGAAGAAGGUCGAUUUCCUCGACUGGAAGCAGGACCACGGUCAUAGAGAUACACAAGUUAUGAGAACUUAUCACAUACAGAACCGUGAAGAUUAUCACAAGUACAACAGGAUAUGUGGUGAUAUACGUCGUUUAGCUCAUAGACUCUCGUUACUACCGCCUGAAGAUCCAUUCCGCAGAAAACAUGAACAAUUACUACUAGAUAAGUUGUACGCUAUGGGUAUAUUGGCUACCAAGUCAAAAAUCUCUGAUUUAGAAAAUAAGGUUACUGUAAGUGCUAUAUGUCGUAGAAGGCUGCCUGUGAUCAUGCAUAGACUCAAGAUGGCUGAAACCGUUAGUGAUGCAGUUAAAUUUACUGAACAAGGUCAUGUUCGUGUAGGUCCAAAUCUAAUAACAGAUCCUGCGUAUUUGGUCACAAGGAAUAUGGAGGAUUACGUGACUUGGAACGAUAACUCUAAGAUCAAGCAAACGGUGCUACGUUAUAGAAAUAAAAUCGAUGAUUUCGAUUUUACACAAUAA